CCCCACCCUGCCCUCCCUGACCGGGUCUCUCCUCAGGCAGCGAUGCCCGUGGAGCCCCUGGUCUGUGCCCACACGGCCACGCGGGUGAGCUCCGUGCUGAACCGGGACGUGAAGCAGUUUGGGAAGCAGCACCUGUUUGAUGGCAGCGAGGAGACCUGCUGGAACUCGGACCAGGGCACGUCCCAGUGGGUCACCCUGGACUUCCCUCGGCCUGUCAAGGUCUCACAGCUCCACAUCCAAUUCCAGGGGGGAUUUUCCAGCCGGCUGUGCACGCUGGAAGGCUGCAGAACAGGUGAGGAACUGGUGAAAAUAUCAGAGCUGUACCCCCAGGACAACCACGCCAUGCAAAGGUUCCAGGUGGAGGAGACCGUGCUGGACAAGCUGAAGAUCACCUUCGGGAGCAGCACGGAUUUCUUUGGGAGGGUCGUGGUUUAUCACCUGGGGGUGCUGGGGGAGAGGCUCUAGGGGGGCUGUCCCCACUCUGGGGACCCUGGAAACGCCCCGAGGGGGAUCCCUGUCCCCUGAGGUGGCACACAGGCGUGCCAUGGGAUCAAUAAAAGACAUUUUGGAGAUUAUUU